GGGCGAGCUGCAUUCUGUCCUGUAUGCCGGAGUUUGUCGGCGCCGCAACUCCGCAUCACCAAGACUCCCCCGUGGGCAAGAAACAAAAGCCGAACAUGACAGGAAGUCGACGCGGCAACGUGCGUCACUGGGACCUUUACCGUCUUCUCCAUCGUCCGACGCCGUUCGGGAACGAAACAAACGAAGCCAUGGGGCUUGGCGAGUUUGUUCCAGGACAAGCGACCAUCGACUUUCUCCACAACGAGGCCAAGGUGCUCGUUUUGGGUGCGGGGGGGUUGGGGUGUGAGAUCCUCAAGGACCUGGCGUUCUCCGGGUUUCGGGACAUUCACGUCGUCGACAUGGACACCAUCGACGUGUCGAACCUCAACCGCCAGUUCCUCUUUAGACGUGCAGACGUGGGUCAGCCGAAAGCGACCGUUGCUGCCAAGUUUAUCAACGGGCGCAUUGAUGGCGUGAAGGUGACCCCACACUAUUGCAACUUGAAAACGUUGGACACGUCGUUCUACAGCGAGUUCAAGCUGGUCAUUUCGGGACUGGACAACAUCGAUGCACGACGUUAUGUCAACUCUGUGCUAGUCUCCAUCGUGGAGUUUGACGAUGACGGCGACAUCGACCCGAGCACGGUGAUUCCGUUCAUCGACGGCGGCACGGAGGGGUUCAAAGGCCAGGCCCGUGUCAUCCUUCCUCGCAUCACGUCGUGCUUCGAGUGCUCGUUGGAUGCGUUUCCACCGCCGACGUCGUUCCCAUUGUGCACGAUUGCUGAAACCCCACGGCAACCGUCCCAUUGCAUCUCGUACGCGUCGAUCAUUCUGUGGCCCAAGCACUUUCCCGACACAAAAAUGGACACGGACUCCCCAGAGCACAUGCAAUGGGUGUUCCAGCAAGCCGAAGCCCGCGCAACCAAAUUUGGGAUCCAAGGCGUGACGUACAACCUGACAUUGGGCGUCGUCAAGAAUAUCAUCCCUGCCGUGGCAUCCACGAAUGCAAUCAUUUCGGCCAUGUGCGUGAACGAAGCGCUGAAGGCAAUGACGUACUGCAGCCAAACGAUGAACAAUUAUCACAUGCACAUGGGAACGACGGGCAUUUACAGCCACACGUUUGUGUACGAGGUACCUCGGGCAAAGAUUGCGUGCGCACGAGCCAUUCAUGAGAAUGCGAGUCUAGAAAAAAAACUAUUGCAGUGUGUGUGCUUCGGAGACGCACGUCGUGACGGUGGAUCCGAGCAAGUCGCUCAAGGAGGCUCUGGAUGAGCUCAAGACCAUGUUUCGGCUCUCGAACCCGGCUGUGAGCUCAAGCAAAGGCAACUUGUUCAUGCCGAACCCGCCCGCGCUGUUCGAAGCGACCAAGGGCAAUUUGGACAAGCCAUUGGGGGCAUUGCUUGGGAAGGAUGACGCGCUCUUGACGAUCACGGACCCCGUUUACGUCGGCGACAUGUCUCUUCAAGUGCAUGUCGACUUUGUUGAAUCGAGCUAACGCUGCAUGUGGUGGCUGGGAUGGUGGGCGAACAGUUCAAUUUAUAACGCAAGAACCGAUGUCAAAUGGACCUUGCACCCACGGCGCAUGAUGUCGGCGAUCGUCGAGCCCAGUCGACG